UUUUGUUUGGUGAGGAGGAAAAGCUUCUCCAGCUGUAAAGUGGUCCAGAGGAAAAUAAAAACAAAUUACUGCCUGCAUAUAUGAAAUUUCUCUUAUAUUCCAAACCUGUGAGUGAAGCAAGUCAUUUCUUUGAACUCAAGACAAGCCAACUCUAAAAUUAAACAUACAGAAAACCAGCCUUGUUAAUAGCACCUUCUAUAACGAUGAUUCUUUAUAUAAGAGUUUUGGCCUAAGCUUGACAAGCAGGGAAGAAGAUUCAAACUGCAAAAAGCCAUGGCAUCUUCAGGAUCCAAAUCAGUAGCAUUCUUCCUCUUGUUCCUCAAUCUUGGCUUGUAUUUCAUCAUAACAAUAAUUGCAGCAUGGGCUAUCAAUCAUGGGAUCAUGAAGGCUCGUGAAUCAGCAUCUGUACUGUCGCCUCCAGCCCACCUAUUCCCUAUAUAUUUCCCAAUGGGAAGCAUGGCAACAGGCUUCUUUGUCGUAUUUGCCCUGAUUGCUGGUGUUGUGGGCAUGGGCACCUCCGUCACUGGUCUUAAAAACAUUCUUCAAUGGACUGCUCCUAACUUGCAUUCAGCAGCUGCCUCUUCUAUGGGCACCUGGGCUCUCACUCUCCUAGCCAUGGGGUUGGCAUGUAAAGAGAUUAAUCUUGGGUUAAGAGAUGCCAACUUGCGAACUUUGGAAGUGAUAACAAUAAUAGCGAGCACAACACAAUUAAUUUGCACAGGUGCUAUUCAUGUUGGAGUUGAAGAGGUUAUUUCAGGACAGAGAAAUCUUGAGAGAACAAGAGUUUGAGAUUUCGGAAUUGCAUAACUCACAUUAAAUUCGUUUACGAGAAUCAUGACGAUUAAAAUUUUCAUCCUCGUAAUCAAUAUUGUAAGUUUAGGUGUAUAAUUUAAUUUCAUUAUUUAAAUUUUAAUUUAAAUUUGUACGAUGAAAAAGUUAUUAAUUUAUUACAUAUAUUGUACAAAUGUGAAGCUUGUAAUAGUGUAAAGUAUAUUCAUGUUGAUUGUAAU